AUGGCAAUCUUUAACUGGCGACUCGUGUCGAACCUCAUUCCGGUUGAUACCAAGCUUCAGUGGAGCAAAAUUGAGUUGGCAUCAAAAUGCCAAUGCUGCCCCAGGAGCCCUAAUAUCGAAUUCCUCCAACAUCUGAUCAUUCAGGGUCAGGGAGCAAUUAGCGUGUGGAGAGAGUUUGAUGGGUGGUUUGGGGGCCCGGCCCCUUCUCUUCGAAUAAAUGACACUAUCUCGGAUAGACUAGAGGUGUGGUUGCUAAGGAUCCAACAAGAAGGUAGGAAACACCUCUGCCGAGUUAUGCCGUAUCUCAUCUUGUGGUUCCUUUGGGCGGAGCGAAACCGAAGCUGGCAUGAGCAAGGCCAAUUCAAAUCGUACAACGUGGUGUGGCAAGUUCUAAUGUUCAUCCAUAACAACAUGGCCAAUGGGAGCAUCAAGCCGAAGCAUUGGCACAGGGUGAAAUUGGGAAUGAGCAUACCGUACCAGGCCAUCACAAGGGGCCCGAGACCUCUAGUUAUGCCGGUUAAGUGGCACCCCCCGGAGGGGACGUGGAUAAAAGUCAACACAGAUGGGGCAUACAUGGUAACACAGGAUAAAUCGGGAGGGGGGCAUUGUGCGUGA